AUGUAAAAAACUCAAUAAGAAUUUGAGGCCUAAUGGGGUACUUGACGAGUUAAUUUGAGUUUCUCUGUCCACAUUCUACAUUGUACAAUACCAAAAAUACAAAAAAAAGAGGAAAUACUGAAAAGUAGUGAUCUUCUACUGAAAAUGGAGAUGGAGACAGACGCUUCAAAUGACACAGAAAUCACCUCAACCCAACUCUUCAAAGCCGCCGAAUCCGGCGACGCUUCUCUCUUCAACUCUCUCUCGAAAACCCAACUUUCCAAAUUUCUCUCUCUUCAAAACGACGACGGUCGCUCGCUCCUCCACGUCGCCACUUCCUCUGCUCACUCCAAGGUGGUUGAAAUUCUAGCAGAAGCUGAUUCAACUGGGAAAGUGAUUAAUAACAAGGAUGAAGAAGGGUGGGCCCCAAUUCAUUCUGCUUCUAGUAUUGGAAAUCUUGACAUUCUCCGAAUUCUCCUUACUAAAGGAGCUGAUGUUAACUUGAAAAAUGAUGGUGGUCGAACUGCUCUUCACUAUGCUGCUAGCAAGGGAUGGGUGAAGGUUGCUGAGUUGCUGCUUGCCCAUGGUGCAAACAUCAAUGCUAAGGACAAGGUUGGAUGCACACCACUGCAUCGUGCAGCUAGCACAGGGAACUCAGAGUUGUGUGAACUCCUCAUUGAAGAAGGAGCUGAGAUUGAUGCCCUUGACAGAGCUGAUCAAACUCCUCUAAUGACUGCUGUCAUUUGUGAAGACAGACAGGUUGCACUACUUCUAGUAAGACAUGGAGCAGAUGUGGAUAUUGAAGACAAAGAAGGUUAUACAGUCUUAGGUCGCGCUCCAAAGGAUCUUAGGGAUGCUAUUAUUGAUGUUGCAAAAGCCAUGAUGGAAGGCUAAACCAAAAGAUGAUGUGGUUUCAAACUUGACCAAGGGAAACUCCCUCCUAAGUGGUUUUGGCAUGCUUUAGGUCAUGCGUCCAUAUCUUCCUUGUUGAGCCUAUACACUGAUGUUAAUGGUGUUGGAAAUCCAAAGGCAGUCUUAAUACUUGUUAGACUUCCAAUUUUGUAAUCAGCUGAACUUUGACAUCAUUUACGGAGUAACAUUUUUGUUAUUACUUGUACACAUUACAAUCAUCUCAAUGAGUCAUGCCUCACUUCUAUCA